UUUGCCGUGCCUGUUUCCGUGAUCUGCUCGUUGACUCCUCCUGCCGCUAUAGUUCAGGCCAUGGAAGCCGCCUGAGCUGUUAGAUAUCGUCGCUGUGAGCUCAACCCAAGCUGCUUAGUUCCUCAUUGUGCACAUCGCUUUUCGGAGACCGCAGAGGGGGAGAAGCCGGGCGCCGCAUCCGGAUCUGUUCCCUAACCUUGGUUCAGGCGUGGUGACCGGUUAAUGCAUAAAAUAAAGAAAGUCAAGCUUGAAGAUAGAACAGAAGGAAGCUGGAACAGUUGUAUAGCUGAUAGGAUGACGGCCGUAGAUGAGCUUUCAGACAGUACAGAAGUUGUGGAAAUGGAAGAUGUUCCCUCGCAGUUUUUUGUGGAAAAGCACUCCUGGGAUGGCUUAAGGGACAUCAUUCAUGGCAGCCGCAAGUAUUCAGGGAUGAUCGUCAACAAGGCGCCACAUGACUUUCAGUUUGUAAAGAAGCAUGAUGAUUCAGGACCUCAUUCACAUCGCCUUUACUACCUCGGCAUGCCCUAUGGAAGCAGAGAAAACUCUCUCCUUUACUCAGAAAUUCCCAAGAAGAUUCGACGAGAGACUUUGCUGGUGCUCUCCUGGAAGCAGAUGCUUGAUCACUUUCAGGCAACCCCCCAACAUGGAGUCUAUUCAAGGGAGGAAGAGCUCCUGCGCGAAAGGAAGAGACUUGGCGUGUUUGGGAUCACCUCGUAUGACUAUCAUUCCCAAAGUGGCCUUUUCUUGUUCCAGGCCAGCAACAGCCUCUUCUACUGUCGAGAUGGGGGGCUCAAUGGAUUUAUUGCUGCACCCAUAAAGCCAGUGGAGAUAAAGACACAGUGCACUGGAUCGAGAAUGGAUCCCAAAAUCUCCCCAGGGGACCCGCACUUUAUUGCAUUUAUCAAUAAUAAUGACCUGUGGGUAGCCAAUAUUAAAUCCGGAGAAGAGAUGAGGUUAACAUUUUGUCAUAAAGGGCUUAAUAAUGUGAAGGAAGACCCAAAGUCGGCUGGUGUGGCCACGUUUGUGAUUCAGGAGGAGUUUGACCGCUUCACAGGAUACUGGUGGUGUCCAGCAGUUACAGAAGAUUCCGAAGGGGGCAAAACCCUGAUGCUUCUCUAUGAGGAAGUCGAUGAAUCAGAAGUGGAGAUCAUUCAUGUACCUUCACCCGCUCUCGAGGAGAGAAAAGCUGAUGCCUAUAGGUAUCCUCGCACAGGUAGCAAGAACCCAAAAAUUUGCCUCAAACUUGCAGAGGUCAAAACAGAUUAUCUUGGGAGGUUUGCAACUGCCCAAGAUAAAGAGCUUGUCGUCCCUUUCUCAACGCUCUUUCCUACUGUGGAAUACGUAACGCGAGCUGGCUGGACAAAGGAUGGCAAAUAUGCAUGGGCAAUGCUCCUCGACCGCAGUCAGCAGAGGCUACAGCUGGUGCUGUUUCCUCCUGAGCUCUUCAUCCCAGUGACCAGCGACGAGGCAAAGAGGCAGGUCUACGUGGAGUCCGUUCCAGAGAAUGUGCAUCCCUUUGUUAUCUAUGAGGAGGUGACGGAUAUCUGGAUAAAUGUCCAUGACAUCUUCUACCCAUUUGUGCAAACGCGAGAGGAUGAGCUGACUUUUAUCUGGGUAAACGAGUCCAAGACGGGGUUCUGCCAUCUGUACAAAAUCAUCGUGAAUUUGCAGCGGGGGAGGUACCAAUGGUCGCAGGGUUACGACUAUAGCAAAGGCGAUUUUACCUGCCCAAUCAAAGAUGAGCUGGCCUUGACCAUUGGAGAGUGGGAAGUGCUCGCACGACAUGGAUCAAAGAUCUGGGUAAAUGAGGCUACCAAAUUAGUGUAUUUCCAAGGAACUAAGGACACACCUUUAGAGCAGCACCUUUACGUAGUUAAUUAUGAAAAUCCAGAAGAAAUCAAAAGACUCACCAAGCCAGGGUUUUCACACAGCUGCUCCAUGAGCCAGAGUUUUGACAUGUUCAUCAGCCACUACAGCAAUGUCGGCACUCCACCUUGCGUUCAUGUCUACAGGCUCACGGGCCCAGACAGUGACCCCUUGCAUAAGGAGCCAGUGUUCUGGGCCAGUAUGAUGGAGGCAUCUGGCUGUCCUCCGGAUUAUAUACCUCCAGAUAUAUUUGACUUUCCAGGACAAGCAGGGUUCCAGUUGUAUGGAAUGGUAUACAAACCACACAACCUCCAACCAGGAAAAAAGCACCCCACAAUCUUGUUUGUCUAUGGUGGGCCUCAGGUGCAACUAGUAAAUAAUUCAUUCAAAGGAGUCAAAUACCUGCGAUUGAAUACAUUGGCCUCUCUGGGUUAUGCGGUGGUAGUUGUUGAUGGUCGGGGCUCAUGUCAGAGGGGGCUCAAUUUUGAAGGAGCACUCAAAAACAGAAUGGGCCAAGUGGAAAUUGAAGACCAAGUGGAAGGCUUACAGUAUGUAGCUGAGAAGUACAAAUUUGUUGACAUGAGUCGAGUUGCCAUCCAUGGCUGGUCUUAUGGAGGCUUCUUGUCUCUCAUGGGCCUUAUUCACAGGCCGAACAUUUUUAAGGUGGCAAUUGCUGGUGCCCCAGUCACAGUGUGGAUGGCAUAUGAUACAGGGUACACGGAGCGAUACAUGGGCGUUCCAGAGAGCAACCAGCAGGGUUAUGAAGCAGGAUCUGUAGCACUACAUGUGGAAAAGCUACCCAAUGAGCCAAACCGCUUGCUGAUUUUACAUGGGUUCCUUGACGAGAAUGUGCACUUUUUUCACACAAACUUUCUGGUGUCACAGCUUAUUCGAGCCGGAAAGCCCUACCAACUACAGAUCUACCCCAAUGAGAGACAUAGCAUCCGAUGCCCGGAAUCAGGUGAACACUAUGAGAUUAUGUUGCUGCACUUUUUACAACAAUACCUCUGAAGUCAAUCGAUGCCAUUGGGCCCCAUUUCUUCUGCCCCCUCCCUUUACUCGUCCCCUUCUCCUCCGUGCUCUCAGUGAACCCGCCGCCAUAGGAGCCCAGCCACGCUAAAAUCCCACCUCCGCUGAGAAGAGUUUCCUUUGACUUUUGAUCAACUGACUACACGGGUUUAGGAGGGUGGGAUUU